AUGGCCGAUUUAAAUGGGAAAAUACCAGACUCCUCGCUAUUUAUUGGACUUCCUGAGGGGACACCACGGGUCGCAUAUACCAAUAUGGAGGACAUCAGAUGCUUGGUAGAUAGAAGGGUUCGACUGUGUUGUUCGGAUCCCUCCCAAAGUCCAUUUGUUAUAGUUGUAAACAUACCACGUACAUUUCUUCAGGAAUUCGACAGCCUUUACCCAGAUAGAGGCCCAAGGAUAUCCACCAAUCUUCACGACAGAGUCCUCGUCUUUGAAAUAAUGGCUGGAAAAGUGCACGAAGUCGCAGCCCUAGCGCUCGAAGCGUAUCUCAUAGCGGAAACUACAAAUAUGAAUCUCCAUUACACCACCAUCUGUUCUGGGACAAGCCGAGCAACCAGUGACGUCUUUACCAAGGAGCCAGAUGGCAGCUUUACACUGAAGCAUCGCCAUUGGCCGAUUUUAACCAUUGAGGCUGGAGUAUCCGAGUCUGAUGCGAAAUUGAAUAUGGAUGCUAGGGGAUGGCUGGAGUCGCCAGAAUCAGAAACAGAAGUUGUGAUAACGAUAAAAGUAAACCGACGUUUUCCACAAAUGACUUUUAAAAAAUGGGAAAAGUCUAUCACUUUGCAACAUAGAGCAACGCGCUCCUCCCACCAACCGGCAGAAGCUACACAGACUGUUCACGUCAGGUAUUCCAACGACAUUACCGAAGUUACAGGCAAUAUGGUUAUACCAUUGGCGAAACUAGCUGGUCGCGGACCUCAAAAUACCAAUGAGCAUGAUAUCAUUAUUACGGAAGCUGCUUUUGAAAUGAUAUCCAAGAAAGUAUGGAUUGCCCAGGAGUUUCUAUAA